AAACCAUUCAAGAAACAAUUGAAACUGCCGGCAUUCCCCAUAAUUUCCCAAUGAUUACAAAAACCCAUUUUUCCUCAUCCCAAAAGAUUUUUUGAAACAAAUAUCUGAAUACAAACUACAAUCCGUUACCACCACUACACCCAUAACCCAUGAAACGAAUUGAUUGUUGUUUGUGGGUGGGUCUGGGCAGGUGGAAGAGAAGCUGUCUUAUAAAGCGACUUUGAAGUAGGGAAGAAGGAAGCAGUGGUUAUCGUUAUCGUCGUCGUGGUGGCAUCCUUUUCCAAUAAUGGAAUUUUCAUUUGCCUUUAUUUUGCAGAGAAAUCUUGGAUUUGUUGUAAUCCAAACAGGGGAAUAUGGAUUGGGCAUUAACGUCCAGUGGAGUGGAAGCUUCUUUGACUGUUCUAAAGCGCAUUUUAACUCCUUUUUUUCUUCUUUCUUUCUUUCUUUCUCCUUUUCAAUUUGUUUUUUAAAAAGGGGUUUUGGAAAGUAAAGCAAAUGUGGUGGUGGUGGUGUUGGUGGUGGUAAUUGUAUUCAUUUCUGAAUGAUACAGAUCAAUGAUAUUAAAAGGAGAGGCCCCAAUGGUGCGAUGGAACAGAGAUUCUAAUGCUCAUUCGCAUUCGGAUUCCACCAUCAACURGCAGCAGCAGCAGCAGCUGCUGCUUAAUCUUAUUCUCUCUCUCUUAUUGCUUUUUCUCAGGAUUUUUUCACAUCCCACAUUGAAUUUUUCAUUCUAAAUGCUUCGUGGGACCCUUGCACUUGCUAUAGCCCCAUCAUAUUCACAUUGUUCCUAUUGUCAUUGAGUUCCCCCAUGAUUAGAUUAGAUUAUUUAACAAUGUGUGCUGCUUUUGUAAUCUCUAGCAUGAUCCAUUCUCUGGCUUUGCUUGUUUGCAGCAUUUGCAGCCUCAGAAGCUAUGUUUGAUGCUAGAGGAGGCAAGAGAUCCCCCUGUCAAUUAUUGUGUGAAGAAGGAGAUACUCCCAUGGCCAUGUCUCCAGUGCUCUAUAGAUGGAGUCCUCUAAGACGGAUCGUUCAGGGGCUGGUAUUAUUCUAUUUGUUGAGGUUGAAUUAUGCAUCCACGGAUCCUGAUGUGGAAGGAGAAGCUUUGGUUGAUUUUUUAGAGGCUCUAAAUGAUUCCAAUCAUCAGAUAACUGAUUGGAAUUAUCAUCUUGUAAGCCCUUGCUUCAGUUGGUCUCAUAUUGCCUGCCGAAAUGGAAAUGUCAUUUCCUUGAGCUUGGGUUCAGUGGGAUUUUCAGGAUCACUUUCUCAUUCAAUUACCAAACUGAAAUUCUUGGCUAGCUUGGAUUUGCAGAACAAUAAUAUAGUGGGUGUUCUACCAGAUUAUCUAGCUAACAUGACUCACCUACAGAACUUGAAUCUUGCUAAUAACAACUUUAAUGGCCCUAUACCUGUGGCUUGGGGUCAACUUUAUGGUCUUAAACAUCUGGAUCUCUCAGACAACAACUUGACAGGAGAAGUUCCAGCACAAUUGUUUUCAAUUCCAAUGUUCAAUUUUUCAGGAACUGGUUUAGCAUGUGGGCAUAGCUUGGAUAAACCUUGUGUCUCCACCUCUCCCCAUCGAGCUUCUGCAAAAAGUUCAAAAUUUGGGGUAGUAGCAAGUACUGCAAGUUGUGGGGGAUUCAUUCUUCUGUCAAUUGGUGCCUUCUUUGUUUAUAGAUGCUGCUACAUGCAUAAGCUUAAGGAUUCUAUGUUUGUUGAUGUUGCUGGUGAAGAUGACUGUAAACUUUCCUUUGGGCAAAUCAGAAGAUUUUCUCUGCGGGAAAUCCAACUUGCUACCGAAAACUUUAACGAAACGAACAUCAUCGGCCAAGGAGGCUUUGGGAAAGUAUAUAAAGGCGUCCUCUCGGAUGCCUCAAAGGUUGCCGUGAAACGGUUAACUGACUACAAUAGUCCUGGUGGGGAGGCUGCAUUCCUAAGAGAAGUUCAACUAAUAAGUGUUGCAGUGCAUCGCAAUCUCCUCCGAUUGAUCGGGUUCUGCACAACUGCGUCUGAGAGAAUCCUUGUUUAUCCCUUCAUGCAGAAUCUUAGUGUGGCGCAUCACUUGAGAGAUUUAAAGCCUGGAGAAAGAAGCUUGGACUGGCCCUCAAGGAAACGGAUUGCUUUUGGUGCAGCACAUGGUUUGGAGUACUUGCAUGAGCACUGUAAUCCCAAGAUCAUUCAUCGUGAUCUAAAGGCUGCAAAUAUCUUACUAGAUGACAACUUUGAAGCUGUUCUUGGAGAUUUCGGGCUGGCCAAGCUAGUCGAUACUAAAUUGACUCAUAUUACCACUCAAGUGCGCGGUACGAUGGGUCACAUUGCCCCUGAAUACUUGUCCACUGGAAAAUCGUCUGAAAAGACAGAUGUUUUUGGAUAUGGUAUAACGCUUCUGGAACUCGUCACCGGUCAACGAGCAAUUGAUUUCUCCCGCCUUGAAGAGGAGGAAGAUGUUCUUCUACUUGAUCAUAUAAAGAAACUGCAGAGGGAGAAUAGGCUUGGAGAUGUUGUGGAUAAAAACUUAAAGAGUUAUGAUGUGAAAGAAGUCGAAAACAUCGUUCAAGUGGCAUUGCUUUGCACCCAAAGUUCACCGGAGGACCGCCCGACGAUGGCGGAAGUUGUGAAUCUACUCCAUGGAGAAGGGCUGGCAGAUAGGUGGGCAGAGUGGAUGCAGCUGGAAGAGGUAAGAGAUCAAGAAAUGCCCUUAUUGUGCCACCAAUUUGUUUGGGGUGAAGAGUCAAGCCAUGAUCAAGAAGCCAUACAGUUGUCUAAAGCCAGAUAGAAAGAAAGAAAACCAUUCACUAUUCUCCAAUUUUGAAGCCAAGCUCUUAGGACAAGUCAAAAUUUACUCACAUUCUGAAAAAGGUAAUCAAUCUUCCUCUUUUGUAUAUAUGGUUGUUGAGCAUGGAGAUGGGAACUUAGGACCGACACGUAUAUCUAUAAUGAACAAUACUAGCCUACAUAAAGUAGUGGAGGGAGCUCCUACCGACUUCCUGAUGUGGCGUAUUUUUAUUGCAUUUAAUAGAUGAGUGGAUCUCACUAAGAUUUUUGAGCCAAUAAAGUUACUGUCACAUCAAAAAAGUUAGUUGGAGCUUAUACUGAUCGAGACGAGUAUGUAGUGUAGGUAGAUAUCUGUAAAACUAUAACAGAUGGACAUGUGGUCGUGAAUUGUGAUGACAAUAGCUUUAGGUUACAAUAUAUAGAAGUGUAUGGUCAGGGGAUUGUCUCGUGAGAUUAGUCGAGGUGYGCUUACGCGUAAACUGGCAUGGACAAUCACAGAUAAAAAAGAAAAAGAAAAAGAAUAUACAUGUGUAUGUAUGGUGAGCUUUUGAGGUUGUUAAAGCUACAAAGUAGCUAGUUGCUAUUUUUAUA